UGCACCAUUCAGCAAGGGAGGCACAGAGGGAAAGCAGAGGGGAAGAGAAGGAACAAAACCAGAUCGGAUAGGAGAGAAAGGUCGCUAACUUUAGGCGAAAACUAAUUUAUUAUUGUACGCUACAUUUUCAUUGUCAUAAGAAGUUGACUUCAUCUUAGAACUUUUCCGAAGUUGUUCCGACCGGAAAUCACCACCGGCUGAAUUUUAGACUCGUCUUACACUCACAACUAGAUAGAGACCCACGAGGAGCGGAUGCUUUGACUGAAUUAGAUGCAAGAGGUAGGCUACUUUUCAGCUCCAAAACACAGAUCGAAUUGAAGCAAGGACUCCCCUACCCCUCGUGGACUGCGUGGCUGUAUUGUUACGAGCUAUAACAUUACGAGUCUACGAAUUUAUCCUCUAUGAUCCUUAACUGCCAUUCUAAACGCGUAAAGUUGCCAAAUGCCUUACAAAUUUGCAUGUCGCGAACAAUAGCACAGUAGUAGCGGCAUUUCAAAGCUGACCAGCACACCGUCACGGGGAAGAAAAGAACACCUCCGAGUUUGCACCCACGGCAUCAAGAAGACAUUGACGGACCAUGGCGGCGGUAACAAGCCCGGAAUCAAGCCCACAGCCCCGCGUGUAUUUCCAGACGGCUACUGGUAGUACCGAGGAGCCCGAAACUCCAGUUCGGAAACAAGGAAGGGUGACCGUAAAAUACGACCGGAAAGAAUUAAGGAAGAGACUGAAUCUGGAAGAAUGGAUUAUUGACCAACUAACGGAUCUUUACGACUGUGAGGAGGAAGCCAUCCCUGAGUUGGAGAUUGAUGUGGAUGAGCUGCUGGACAUGCAGAGUGAUGUGGAUCGUGCCUCAAGGGUCAAGGACCUGCUAGUAGACUGUUACAAACCUACUGACGACUUUGUGUCUGAGCUGCUGGACAAGAUCCGUGGCAUGCAGAAACUCAGCACGCCUCAGAAGAAAUAAAAGCUAUUUCCUCCCUCCCUCCCUCCCUCCCUCCCUCCCUCCCUCCCUCCCUCCUUCCCUCUAUCCUCCCUUCCCUCCUUUUUCCCCUCUCCCCCCACAGCUCCUCUCAUCUCCUCAUCCCUCUCUCUCACAGGGCUCACUGCCCUCUCCAGAGCUGAUGGAAUGAGUGGGUGAUGAUGGCUGUGACCACAUCCCACAACCCCCCCCCCCCUCCUCCUCCUCUCUCUCUCUCUCAGGUUGGGGGGAGAGGAGCAGGGGAAGCGAAUCUAGUCAAUCAUGUCAGAUUAUAAGCAGGGCUUAUUAUGUUCACCAUCUCAUUGUAUUUUAUUCAACUUUUAUUGUUUUGUUUUGUUUUUGGGUUUUGAUUUUAAGAUUUUGCUUGAAAAUGUCUUGAAAAUGAGAAGGAAGCAGUUUAAAAUGUAUUUUUUUAUUUUAUUUUAUUAGAAGAAAAAAAAAACAUGUCUUUGAUGCUGCACACACUUCUGUGUUUGUUUUUUUUUUUUUUUGUCUCUCUUUUGUGUGUGUGUGUGUGUGUGUGUGUGUGUGUGUGUGUGUGUGUACAUUUUGUUGGCAUACACGUGCAGAUGUAGACGUACUCACGCUGCCAUUAGGGCUAAGGGCACAGGUUGGAGAACGGAUUGGUUCCUGUGUAUUCACGAAUCACUGGCCGCCACUUUUGGACCCCGCGCCAACCAGCCACGUCGAUCGGUCAGUCAACGCGACGUGGCCGUGUUGGCCAACGGGGACGCGAAACAUGCUGACCGUGAAGGAGAGAUUAGAAAGAUGAGGCCUUGAUCUUCUUUUUUAAUUUUUAUUUAUUCCUUCUGUUUUCUGAACGUUAAUUUCCCCUUCAUAUAGUGUGCAGUUAAGGGCUUUGCUAUGACAUGAUGAUCGGUCAUGUUACUUUGUAGUAUACUGAACUAGGAGGGGGAACGUGGGAGAUGAGUGAAGUGGAGGGAACACACACACACACACACACACACACACACACACAUACACACACAGACAGACACACACACACACACACACUCUCUAGAACACAUGAACACAGCAGUAUACAGAUGCACACACACAGACCGAGACACAGACCACUGCCACCCUCAGGGAACUGCCAAGAUGAAGAGAAGAGAGAUGGUGUGCAUCACCAGGUUACAGCGUCACACUUGAGACGUGCUUAUCAAUCAGCCAACAACCAGAACCAGCUAAUAAUCACAAGUUGCUCUAGCCAAUCAUCUUAGCCGUGACACCGUCUUCUCUAGGGGCACAGCCAAUCAGAUACAAGUCUGAGCUCAUAGCUGUAGUUCAGGGUUUGUCUGUCUGAUUUUUCAGGUAUCUGUUUAGUGACUGAGGUGUGCGUGCCUGGUCAUGUGUGCUUGGGCGUGUGUGACCUAAAGAGAGAGGAGAGUAAGGGCCAGUCACUACUUCCUAAACCAGCACAUGACCAUCUCUCAUCCAUCUUUGCCUCAGAUGCUUUUAUUUCUCGUCCUCUCUCUCCCUCUCUCGGCUUACGCCCCUUUGAACCUUGAACUCUUCACCUUGCCACUCUUUUCACUCUCUCCCUCUCUUUCCUCCUUGUGGUGCUCACCUUUUCAGAUGAAAGCUGACCACCUUAUUCUUUCUUUCUUUUCUUUUUUUUUUUUAUAUCAGACGUUGCCUUAGGUUUUAUUUAAGUUACACAAACCAAAUAAAUAGAGACGUUUAAUUUUGGAAAAAGUCAAUUUACACAAAAUGGAAUCUUUGGAAGCUUUAGAGGAAUAAAGUACUUUUUUUUUGAUGUGGGUGAUUCUGUUUUUUAGGAGUGGGUGUGACUUUAGACCCUCUUUAUGGUGCAUUUUUAGGUGCAAAUAUUAACAUUUAAUGGGAUCGUUGGAUUUUUACUGUGUACGAGCUAGUGCUGUUGAUUCCUUUUCUUUUUUUACUGUAAAAGAACUCCAGAAAAAAGUGGGAUUUCAUUUAAAAAAAUGUAAAAAAUAAUACAAAAAAAACUGCAAACAAAAUACUUCUAUCAAAAAAAUGUAGACAUUGUUAGAGAAAGCUCCAGAGCUGUGUUUUUUGAAAACAAAUGAGAAUAAUGUAGCAAUAUUAAACUGUCCUGUUCUCCUAUUUGUUACACUUUUAUGCAACUUUAAUAAAAAUAUGUCAAA